CCUGUUCAUCGCUGCCACAGUCUACACUCUACAAGAUUACAGAUAUAUACUAUUACUAGUUAUAUAGCUCAUAAAAUGGCCUACUCCAUGUUUUCUUGAGAUAAAUAUUUACAUUUUUACAAGGAUAAAUAUACUUUAAGUGGUGACGGCUUACGCUUGCAUUCAACGAGUUGAUAAGGAUAACAUCAAAAAACCAUUUCAUCGACUUUAUAUAAUUAUUAAUUUCUAAUAUAUUGUAUUCUUCGUUCUCUAAACCUAACAACGCGGUAGUGAUUAUUUACCUCACUGUGGAUUACGAAUAAUUAAAAAUAAAUAAAUAAUCUAUUUUAUUGUCAGUGAUCACUGUGAGAUGGCUGGUAUAGAACCAUACAAAAGAAAACUUCAAAAAGAAAUGGCAUCAUUCAUUAAAGAUCCUCCUUUCGGAAUGGUUUUAGAUGUUACCAAAGCUGAAGAAAAUAUCAAUAUUUGGACUAUAUUUAUGCAAGGUCUUGAAGGUACUUUAUAUGCUAAAGAACAGUUCCAAUUACAAUUCAAAUUUGGAUCCAAGUAUCCUUUUGAACCACCUGAAGUAACAUUUGUGGGUCAAAACAUCCCAGUUCAUCCACAUGUGUACAGUAACGGGUAUAUUUGUUUAUCUAUUCUUGCUGAUGACUGGUCACCAGCAUUAUCUAUUCAUUCUCUUUGUGUUUCAAUAAUAUCUUUGCUAAGCAGCUGCAAAGAAAAGAAAAGACCUAAUGGUGAUCUUUGGUACUUAUAAAUGGGCCUCGAAAAUCCAAACGAAGUAAAAUGGUAUUUUCAUGAGGAAAACAUUUGAAGUAUCUUAUCUUACAUCCAUUAAUUCAUUUUUUUACUUUAUAUUCUCAUUUCUCCAAACAAUGAUGACAUUUUUAUUACAAUUAAAUUCACUAAUUUUAUCAUAAU